UACUUUGACCCUCUGAGGAACGAAUAUUUCUUUGACAGGAACCGGCCCAGCUUCGACGCUAUCCUCUAUUACUACCAGUCAGGCGGGCGCAUCAGGAGACCCGUCAACGUGCCCAUAGACAUCUUCUCUGAGGAGAUCCGCUUCUACGAGCUGGGAGAAGAGGCCAUGGAGAAGUUCAGAGAGGAUGAGGGUUUUAUUAAGGAAGAGGAGAGACCACUACCUGACAAUGAGCUGCAGAGACAGGUGUGGUUGAGCACAGACGUCUUCUAUCAUUUUACUCCCUCGACAAAAGCCAAACACACGUCAGAGUUUAGAAAUGUUUGUUCCAUUGAACAUGCAGUAAUAAUAACAGCAUUUUAAAUGAUCUGGGUCGUCCUUUAGAACCUUCUAGCGUUUCCCCUUCUUCUUCAGUCUGCUAAUCCUGUGUGGCUCGGUUGGUAGAGCAUGGCACUUGCAACGUCAGGGUUGUGGGUUUGAUUCCCACAGUCGACCAGUAUGAACAUUUAUGCAGUUUGCUCCACAUUAGUGUGUCUGAUAAACGUAAAUGUAAUGUUGAUGUUCCCUUGAGCAAGGAAUUUAAAAUAACGAACAGAAUACAAAUGUCUAUUUUGGGUGAACUAAUACAAUAUUAUCUUAUCUUAACCUUUUAAGGAUCGGAUCCUUUAAAAAAAAAAAAUUCGCCUAAAAUGACAUACCCAAAUCUAACUGCCUGUAGCUCAGGACCUGAAGCAAGGAUAUGCAUAUUCUUGAUACCACUUGAAAGGAAACACUUUGAAGUUUGUGGAAAUGUGAAAUUAAUGUCAGAGAAUAUAACACAUUAGAUCUGGUAAAAGAUAAUACAAACAAACAAAUAUGUUUUGUUCCAUCAUAUUUGAAAUGAAAGAGAAAGGCCACAAUAUAAUAUUGCAGUUUAGGCGCAAUUUAGACUUUGGCCACUAGAUGGCAGCAGUGUGUGUGCAAAGUUUCAGAUUGAUCCAGUGAAGCAUUGCAUUACUGGACAAUUUUGUAUCAAGUCUACCCAAAUGUGCCGAAUUGGUCAAUUGAUACAUUCUCAAGUACAUAACUAUAGAGAACAUACAAAAAUGAUAUGGUAAUACACAAUGUAAGUUUACACACUUCCAGGAAUGUCAUACAUGAUGAAUCAUUAGCUUAUAUACUAACUUUCACACAUCUAGAUGGCCGGGCGGGGUAGGUGCGGAUCCAGAGACAGCAGGGAUUCAAACUGUAGAACCCAGUUCCUACAUUUGAAUAUAAAAAUUGAUUUGAUCAAACAAAACUAUGCUAUAUUUGAUCUCUGGGACCCUUAGGAUGACAAAUCAGAGCAAGAUUACUGAAUGUAAGUACAUUGUUCACCUUCAGAGGUGAAUGUAUCAAACCAGUUGUCGUGAUACGUUUUUUGUUGUUGUGCACUCUCCUCAAACAAUAGCAUGGUAUUUUUUCACUGUAAUAGCUACUGUAAAUUGGACAGUGUGGUUAGAUUAACAAGAAUUUCAGCUUUCUGCCCAUAUAAGACAUGUCUAUGUCCUGGAAAGUUUAUUGUUAAUCCAGUACCUCUCCUCUCAUGUUAAAGGUGUGGCUGCUGUUUGAGUACCCUGAGAGCAGUGGUCCGGCGCGGGGGAUAGCCAUCGUCUCUGUCCUCGUCAUCCUCAUCUCCAUCGUUAUCUUCUGCCUGGAGACGUUACCGGAGUUCAGGGACGACCACAAGGAGCCCGUCCCGGUGGCUCCCGUUAUUAACGGCACCGAGCCGUACUUCUCCUCUCCGUUCUCUGACCCGUUCUUCGUGGUGGAGACGCUGUGCAUCAUCUGGUUCUCCUUCGAGCUGCUGGUCCGGUUCUUCGCCUGUCCCUCCAAGGCCACGUUCUCUAGGAACAUCAUGAACAUCAUAGAUAUCGUUGCUAUCAUACCCUACUUCAUUACACUGGGCACGGAGCUGGCGGAGCAGCAGGGGAACGGGCAGCAAGCCAUGUCCCUCGCCAUCCUCAGGGUCAUCAGGCUGGUCAGGGUCUUCAGGAUCUUCAAGCUGUCCAGACACUCCAAGGUACCUAGCACCAUCUCUAUAUAGCACAAACCUCCAAAGAUGUGUUCAAUGUUCACUAUUGCCCUCUCUCUCCCUCUCGCUCUCCCUCUCUCUCUCUGUCUCUCCCUCUCUCUCCCUCUCGCUCUCCCUCUCGCUCUCCCUCUCGCUUUCGCUCUCCCUCUCGCUUUCGCUCUCCCUCUCGCUGUGUGUGUGUGUGUGUGUGUGUGUGUGUGUGUGUGUGUGUGUACUGUCAAGCUGAAGCUGCGUUGAACCAAACCAAUUGCCCUAAUACAGUAAACUAAUUAGAGUGAACUCUCUCUGUCUGUCUAUGGUAGGUCUGAACUCUCUGUCUGUCUAUGGUAGGUCUGAACUCUCUCUGUCUGUCUAUGGUAGGUCUGAACUCUCUCUGUCUAUCUAUGGUAGGUCUGAACUCUCUCUGUCUAUGGUAGGUCUGAACUCUCUCUGUCUAUCUAUGGUAGGUCUGAACUCUCUCUGUCUAUCUAUGGUAGGUCUGAACUCUCUCUGUCUGUCUAUGGUAGGUCUGAACUCUCUCUGUCUAUCUAUGGUAGGUCUGAACUCUCUGUCUGUCUAUGGUAGGUCUGAACUCUCUCUGUCUAUCUAUGGUAGGUCUGAACUCUCUCUGUCUAUCUAUGGUAGGUCUGAACUCUCUCUGUCUGUCUAUGGUAGGUCUGAACUCUCUCUGUCUAUCUAUGGUAGGUCUGAACUCUCUCGGUCUAUCUAUGGUAGGUCUGAACUCUCUGUCUAUCUAUGGUAGGUCUGAACUCUCUCUGUCUAUCUAUGGUAGGUCUGAACUCUCUCUGUCUAUCUAUGGUAGGUCUGAACUCUCUCUGUCUGUCUAUGGUAGGUCUGAACUCUCUGUCUAUCUAUUGUAGGUCUGAACUCUCUGUCUAUCUAUUGUAGGUCUGAACUCUCUCUGUCUAUCUAUGGUAGGUCUGAACUCUCUCUGUCUAUCUAUGGUAGGUCUGAACUCUCUGUCUAUCUAUGGUAGGUCUGAACUCUCUGUCUAUCUAUGGUAGGUCUGAACUCUCUCUGUCUAUCUAUGGUAGGUCUGAACUCUCUGUCUAUCUAUGGUAGGUCUGAACUCUCUCUGUCUGUCUAUGGUAGGUCUGAACUCUCUGUCUAUCUAUGGUAGGUCUGAACUCUCUGUCUGUCUAUGGUAGGUCUGAACUCUCUGUCUAUCUAUGGUAGGUCUGAACUCUCUCUGUCUGUCUAUGGUAGGUCUGAACUCUCUCUGUCUAUCUAUGGUAGGUCUGAACUCUCUCUGUCUAUCUAUGGUAGGUCUGAACUCUCUCUGUCUAUCUAUGGUAGGUCUGAACUCUCUCUGUCUAUCUAUGGUAGGUCUGACCUCUCUGUCUAUCUAUGGUAGGUCUGAACUCUCUCUGUCUGUCUAUGGUAGGUCUGAACUCUCUGUCUAUCUAUGGUAGGUCUGAACUCUCUGUCUAUCUAUGGUAGGUCUGAACUCUCUCUGUCUGUCUAUGGUGGGUCUGAACUCUCUCUGUCUAUCUAUGGUAGGUCUGAACUCUCUCUGUCUAUCUAUGGUAGGUCUGAACUCUCUCUGUCUGUCUAUGGUAGGUCUGAACUCUCUCUGUCUAUCUAUGGUAGGUCUGAACUCUCUCUGUCUAUCUAUGGUAGGUCUGAACUCUCUGUCUAUCUAUGGUAGGUCUGAACUCUCUGUCUAUCUAUGGUAGGUCUGAACUCUCUCUGUCUAUCUAUGGUAGGUCUGAAGGUCUGAACUCUCUGUCUAUCUAUGGUAGGGUUCGUGAACCUCUCUGUCUAUCGAUGGUAGGUCUGAACUCUCUCUGUCUAUCUAUGGUAGGUCGAACUCCUCUGGUCUAUCUAUGGUAGGAGGUCUGAACUCUCUCUGUCUAAUCUAUGGUAGGUCUGAACUCCUCUGUCGGUCUAUGUUAAGGUCUGAACCUCUGUCUAUCUAUGGUAGGUCUGAACUCUCUCUGUCUGUCUAUGGUAGGUCUGAACUCCUCUCUGUCUAUCUAUGGUAGGUCUGAACUCUCUGUCUAUCUAUGGUAGGUCUGAACUCUCUCUGUCUAUCUAUGGUAGGUCUGAACUCUCCUGUCUAUCUAUGGUAUGUUCCUGAACUCUCUCUGUCUAUCUAUGUAAGGUCUGACUCUCUCUGUCUGUCUAGGUAGGUCUGAACUCUCGGUCUAUCUAUGGUAGGUCUGAACUCUCCUCUGUCUAUCUAUGGUAGGUCUGACCUCUCUGUCUGUCUAUGGUAGGUCGGAACUCUCUCUGUCUAUCUAUGGUAGGUCUGAACUCUCUGUCUAUCUAUGGUAGGUCUGAACUCUCUGUCUAUCUAUGGGUAGGUCUGAACUCUCUCUGUCUAUCUAUGGUAGGUCUGAACUCUCUGUCUAUCUAUGGUAGGUCUGAACUCUCUCUGUCUAUCUAUGGUAGGUCUAACUCUCUGUCUGUCUAUGGGUAGGUCUGAACUCUCUCUGUCUAUCUAUGGUAGGUCUGAACUCUCUCUGUCUAUCUAUGGUAGGUCUGAACUCUCUCUGUCGUCUAUGGUAGGUCUGAACUCUCUCUGUCUAUCUAUGGUAGGUCUGAACUCUCUGUCUAUCUAUGGUAGGUCUGAACUCUCUCUGUCUAUCUAUGGUAGGUCUGAACUCUCUCUGUCUAUCUAUGGUAUGUCUGAACUCUCUCUGUCUAUGGUAGGUCUGAACUCUCUCUGUCUAUCUAUGGUAGGUCUGAACUCUCUCUGUCUAUCUAUGGUAGGUCUGAACUCUCUGUCUGUCUAUGGUAGGUCUGAACUCCCUCUGUCUAUCUAUGGUAGGUCUGAACUCUAUCUGUCUAUCUAUGGUAGGUCUGAACUCUCUCUGUCUAUCUAUGGUAGGUCUGAACUCUCUCUGUCUAUCUAUGGUAGGUCUGAACUCUCUCUGUCUAUCUAUGGUAGGUCUGAACUCUCUGUCUAUCUAUGGUAGGUCUGAACUCUCUGUCUGUCUAUGGUAGGUCUGAAUUCUCUCUGUCUGUCUAUGGUAGGGGCUCCAGAUCCUGGGCCAGACCCUGAAGGCCAGCAUGCGGGAGCUGGGCCUCCUCAUCUUCUUCCUCUUCAUCGGAGUCAUCCUCUUCUCCAGCGCCGUCUACUUCGCCGAGGCCGACGACCCAGACUCCGGCUUUAGCUCCAUCCCUGAUGCCUUCUGGUGGGCCGUGGUCACCAUGACUACUGUCGGCUACGGCGACAUGCACCCGAUAACCAUCGGCGGGAAGAUCGUGGGCUCUCUCUGCGCCAUCGCUGGCGUGCUGACCAUAGCCCUGCCCGUCCCCGUCAUCGUGUCCAACUUCAACUACUUCUACCAUCGGGAGACGGAGGGGGAGGAGCAGGCGCAGUACCUCCACGUGGGAAGCUGUCAGCCGCUGGCGUCCGAGACGGAGGAGGAUGGGGGGAUGAGGAAGAGGAGCAGCUCUUCAUCGCUCAGUAAGAGUGAGUACCUGGUGAUAGAGGAACACAGAGGACUGAACAGCAGCACCUUCAAACAGCAGCAGAACUUCCCCACGGCAACCACCGCUACCACGACAACAACCAUGACACAAAACAACACAGCGAACAGCGUCAGCAUCAACAAGAAGAUAUUCACUGACGUG